GGGGCUGCCGCACGUGGGAGGGCGCUGGCAGGGCUGGCCGCCGCCGGUUCCAACGCUGUGGCCUCCUUCGUGAGGCCUACUGUGGGCACCCGGGAGACCGGAUUGCACCGCCUUCUUCCUGCACCCCCUAGACCGGAGGAUCUCGCGUCCGCCGCUGCCAGCCUCUCGGUGUGCCCAUGAUCGCCAGGUGCCUUUCAGCUGUGCGAGGCCUCCACAGGUACCUCCGAGUUGGUGGUUCCAGGAUUUUACUCAGAAUGACUUUGGGAAGAGAUGUGGCAUCUCCUCUCCAGGCAAUGUCCUCCUACACUGCAGCUGGCAGAAAUGUUCUAAGAUGGGAUCUUUCACCAGAGCAAAUUAAAACAAGAACAGAAGAGCUCAUCAUGCAGACCAAGCAGGUGUACGACACGGUUGGAAUGCUGGACAUAGAGGAAGUAACUUAUGAGAACUGUUUGCAGGUGUUGGCAGAUGUGGAAGUGAAGUAUAUAGUGGAAAGAACCAUGCUGGACUUCCCCCAGCAUGUGUCCUCUGACAAAGAAGUGAGGGCAGCAAGCACAGAAGCAGACAAGAGGCUUUCUCAGUUUGAUAUUGAGAUGAGCAUGAGAGAAGAUAUAUUUCAGAGAAUCGUUCAUUUACAGGAAAACUGUGAUUUGGAGAAGAUAAAGCCUGAAGCCAGGAGAUACUUAGAAAAGUCAAUUAAAAUGGGAAAAAGAAAUGGGCUUCAUCUUCCAGAACAAGUACAAAAUGAAAUCAAAUCAAUGAAGAAAAGAAUGAGUGAGCUAUGUAUUGACUUCAACAAAAACCUCAAUGAGGAUGAUACCUUCCUUGUGUUUUCUAAGGCUGAACUUGGUGCUCUUCCAGAUGAUUUCAUUGACACUUUAGAAAAGACAGAUGAUGACAAGUAUAAAAUAACCUUAAAAUAUCCACACUAUUUUCCUGUCAUGAAGAAAUGUUGUGUCCCUGAAACAAGAAGGAAGAUGGAAAUGGCUUUUAAUACAAGGUGCAAAGAGGAAAACACAGUAAUUCUGCAGCAGCUACUCCCAUUGCGGGCCCAGGUGGCCAAACUGCUCGGGUACAACACUCACGCUGAUUUUGUCCUAGAACUGAACACUGCCAAGAGCACAAACCAUGUGACAGCCUUUCUAGAUGAUUUAAGCCAGAAAUUAAAACCAUUGGGUGAGGCAGAACGAGAAUUUAUUUUGAAUUUGAAGAAAAAAGAAUGUGAAGAGAAAGGUUUUGAAUAUGACGGGAAAAUCAAUGCCUGGGACCUGCCCUACUACAUGACUCAGACAGAAGAACUCAAGUACUGCAUAGACCAAGAGUUCCUCAAGGAAUACUUCCCCAUUGAGGUGGUCACCGAAGGCUUGCUGAAUAUCUAUCAGGAGCUGUUGGGACUUUCAUUUGAGCAAGUGACAGAUGCUCAUGUUUGGAAUAAAAGUGUCACACUUUACACUGUGAAGGAUAGAGCUACAGGAGAAGUGUUGGGACAGUUCUACUUGGACCUUUAUCCAAGGGAAGGAAAAUACAAUCACGCAGCCUGCUUUGGUCUCCAGCCUGGCUGCCUUCUCCCUGAUGGCAGCCGCAUGAUGUCUGUGGCCGCCCUCGUGGUGAACUUCUCACAGCCAGCAGCAGGUCGACCCUCACUCCUGAGACACGACGAGGUGAGGACUUACUUCCAUGAGUUUGGCCAUGUCAUGCAUCAGAUUUGUGCACAGACCGAUUUUGCACGAUUUAGUGGAACAAAUGUGGAAACUGACUUUGUAGAGGUUCCAUCACAAAUGCUUGAAAACUGGGUAUGGGACAUUGAUUCCCUCCGAAGACUGUCCAAACAUUACAGAGAUGGAAGCCCUAUCACAGAUGACAUGCUUGAAAAGCUUGUUGCUUCUAGACUGGUCAACACAGGUCUUCUGACCCUACGCCAGAUUGUUUUGAGCAAAGUGGAUCAGUCUCUUCACACCAACACAUCACUUGAUGCUGCGAGUGAAUAUGCUAAAUACUGCACAGAAAUUUUAGGCGUUGCAGCUACCCCAGGUACAAAUAUGCCAGCUACUUUUGGACACUUGGCUGGGGGAUAUGAUGGCCAAUAUUAUGGAUAUCUUUGGAGUGAAGUAUUUUCCAUGGACAUGUUUUACAGCUGUUUUAAAAAAGAAGGAAUAAUGAAUCCAGAGGUUGGAAUGAAAUACAGAAAUCUAAUCCUGAAACCUGGGGGAUCUCUGGACGGCAUGGAUAUGCUCCAGAAUUUCUUGAAACGUGAGCCAAACCAAAAAGCAUUCCUAAUGAGUCGAGGCCUGCAUGCUCCGGAAACUGGGGAUCUUUGAUAGCAGCGCAUGUCUGGAGGACAACCAACAGCACCAUGUGGUACCAGCCUGGAAACUGAAGGGAGAUUUGCAAAUAAAAACCUAGACUUGCUUUUGUUUUCUAAUUUAAAAAUUAAUACAAAUGUAAAUGAAAUUAUAAAUACCGUGACCGAAGAAAAUACCCACUGGAAAAUAGUUGUACUAUACAAUUUCAUAAAAAUGGAUUUGAUUUCUUUUGAUAAAAGUUUCAUAUAAAUGUAAUUUGAUUUUUUAUUAUUGUAAUCUAGAGAAUACAGUGUAAGAGGGCUAAGAAUUUUUUAAUUGGAUCAUAUACAUGAUAUAAUUUGAUCUUUGUUAUAUCUUGGAAGUUUUGUCCUUGGGACUGAUAAGUGAAUUAUCACGUGCCUCUGGAAAACAUUUCCUUGGAACCCUACAUCAGCCUGACCCUCUCUCUCAGUCAGGUAUGACCUCACCUUUGCCUGCAUACCUCAAGGCUAGAAGAAUGUGCCUCAGUAACAUGUUUAUCUUCAUAAUCAGGCCAACUUCAAUUAGUUCUUCCACCUGGGUUGGGGUUUUUUUCUAUUACUCAGUUUGAAUAUCAGAAACUUUUUUAGUUCUGGCUGAAAACUGGCCUAAUAUAUAUUGCAACUGCUUGUAUCUUAUAUGAGAGGCUCAAUGCACCUCAGCACACAAGAUGAUCAGUCUCUUAGAAUAGUUGCCAGCCAGUAUGCUAAAGAAGGCCAGGCAUCUUUUUGUUUCUAAGGUGUAGUGAUUUGCCUCCCAUGGUAACACCUCCUUCAGAGUAGCAGGGAAACGUCAUUGUGACUACUCAGUGUCAUGGGAAGAAAGCUAAGAAGCAGUGUCCAGAAGAGGGGUGACUCUGAGUGCUCAGGACUCUGCUCAGAACUGUUACACAAAUACUGCCCUCAGCCCAGAGCAGCUCUUCCCAUAGCCUGUUAUUGUGUGGUUUUACUUUCAGUGAACCUUUGGAUCUCUCUUUACCUCUCUUUACUGUGGUCCUAAAUUCCAAUUCAACAGCAGACCUGUAAACUCACAGUACUUUUGUUUCUCCUAGUAUUCUACUCAAUAAGGAAACCAAGACAGGAUAAUGAAAA